AUGGCCAAUGACACUGUCCCAGAGGGCUUCAUCCUUCUGGGCUUCUCAGAUAACCCCAGGCUGGAAAUUACUCUCUUUGUGGUUGUGUCCAUCUUUUACAUGAUCACCCUAGUAGGCAAUGUCACUAUCAUACUUUUGUCUCACAUAGACUCUCAUCUCCACACCCCCAUGUACUUCUUCCUCACCCAGCUCUCCCUCCUGGACCUUUGCUUCACCACCAGCUGCAUUCCACAGAUGUUAGUCAACCUCUGGGGCCCAGACAAAACGAUAAGCUACCUAGGAUGUGCAACUCAACUCUACAUAUUUCUGGGAUUGGGUGCUGCUGAAUGUAUUCUGCUUUUGGUCAUGGCAUUUGACCGCUACAUAGCAGUGUGUCGGCCUCUGCACUAUGUGGUAAUUAUGAACCCAAAGUUGUGUCAGAAGCUGGUGCUCCUGGUCUGGGUGAGUGGGAUUUUUGGUACCUUGGUGCAGUCCCCUACCACAAUGAAGCUGCCCUUCUGCCAUCACCACCAGGUGGAUGACUUUGUAUGUGAAGUUCCUGCAUUAAUCCGCCUGGCCUGUGGAGACACACAUAUCAACGAACUCCAGAUCUCAGUGAUUGGCGCCAUCUUCCUGAUGGUGCCACUAGUGCUCAUCCUUGUGUCCUAUGGACACAUUACCCAAGCAGUGCUGUCCAUACAGUCCCAAGAGGGAAGGAGCAAGGCCUUUCGCACCUGUUCUUCCCACCUGGUCGUUGUCUUCCUCUUCUACAGCAGCGUCACUGCAGUCUACAUCCAGCCUCGGAGCCGAUUUUCCCAGAAUAGAGGGAAGUUCCUGAGUCUCUUCUAUACUGUGGUGACCCCCACUCUCAACCCCCUCAUCUACACCUUGAGAAACAAGGACAUGAAGGGGGCUCUCAAAAAACUAUUAGGAAAAGACAGAAUGGCCAAUGAGGAAUGA